UUGGGAGGGUCGGUGCAGAGAGUAUAAUAAAAAUGCCUAUUCACACGCUAUACAUACGCACACAUGCAAGUGCUGAAAGCCCCCAGAGAGAACAAGAGAGAAUGUUGGAGCGCCAGCGAAAAGUGAUGGCGAGAUGGAGAGCAAUAUAAGAAGAAGCAGCUGUACCAGCAGCAGAAGAAGAAGAGGAGUCUAGGCACGUAGCGCAGAACAAAAGCGUCGCAACGCCGCCGUCGGCGCAAGCAAAGCAGCGCCAAGCAAAGCAAGCAUUCUCAACGCAUUGGAGUAAAGGAAAAACACACACACACACACCAAAACACAGGCACACUUCGCACACACACACACACAGACACACACACACACACUCAGACUAGGAGAAGCUGAAGCUGAGACAAUAAAAUGCCCGUCUUCCACACAAAAACCAUUGAAAGCAUUUUAGAUCCUGUUGCCCAGCAGGUAUCUCGCUUGGUCAUCUUACACGAGGAGGCCGAGGAUGGCAACGCCAUGCCCGAUCUCAGCCGGCCCGUUCAAGUGGUCUCGGCGGCGGUGGCGAACCUGGUGAAGGUGGGCAGGGAGACGAUCAACAGUUCGGAUGACAAGAUACUGAGGCAGGACAUGCCGUCGGCAUUGCAUCGCGUGGAGACUGCCUCGCAGUUGCUCGAGGAGGCUUCGGAUAUGUUGCGUGCCGAUCCCUAUUCGGGGCCAGCGCGCAAGAAGCUAAUUGAGGGAAGCCGCGGCAUACUGCAGGGCACCUCCUCGCUGCUGCUCUGCUUCGACGAGAGCGAGGUACGCAAGAUCAUCCAGGAGUGCAAGCGUGUCCUCGACUAUCUCGCCGUUGCCGAAGUCAUUGGCACCAUGGAGCAGCUGGUGCAAUUCCUCAAGGAUCUCUCGCCCUGCCUGAGCAAAGUGUCCCGCGAGGUUGGCGCCCGUGAGAAGGAGCUGACGCAUCAGGUGCACAGCGAGAUACUGGUGCGUUGCCUCGAACAGGUCAAGACCCUGGCACCCAUCCUCAUCUGCAGCAUGAAGGUCUACAUACACAUUGUUGAGCAACAGGGCAAGGGAGCCGAGGAGGCGGCCGAGAAUCGCAAUUACCUCGCCGCUCGUAUGAGCGACGAGCUGCAGGAGAUCAUUCGGGUGCUGCAGUUGACCACCUACGACGAGGACACCAGCGAACUGGACAAUCUCACCGUGCUAAAGAAGCUCAGCAAUGCGAUUAGCAACAAAAUGGAAUUGGCCAGCGAAUGGCUAUCGAAUCCGUAUGCGCUGCGCGGCGGUGUCGGCGAGAAGGCGCUGCGUCAGGUCAUCGACAAUGCCAACGAGAUCUCGGAGCGUUGCCUGCCCCAGGACUCGUAUCCCAUACGCAAGCUCGCGGACGAGAUAAGCGCCAUGGCCAACAAUCUGUGCGAACUCCGCCAAGACGGCAAAGGCAACUCGCCCCAAGCUCUCGCCCUGGCCACUGGCAUCCGAGGACGUCUCGGGGAGCUGCAAGGCCUGGUGCGCCAAGCUGUCUCCGGUGUGGACAAGGCGGGCGUCCAGCAGACGGCGCACACCAUUCAGGGACGAUUGGAGCAGGCGGUCAAGUGGCUGCAGCAUCCGGAGCUCAACGAUGGCGGGCUGGGCGAGCGUGCCAUCAAUCUGAUUGUCGAGGAGGGUCGCAAGGUGGCCGAGGGUUGUCCGGGCCAUCAGAAGGCCGAGAUCAUGCAGCUGUGCGAUGAAGUGGAGCGUCUCAAGCGUCAGGCGGCGGGCAGUGGUCCCGCUGCCAAGCAGGCGGCCAAGCAAUUGACCCAAAAGCUCUACGAACUGAAGGCGGCCAUACAGAACGCUCUGGUGAAUCGCAUCGUGCAGGACUUUAUGGACGUUAGCACACCGCUCAAGCAGUUCACCGAGGCUGUGAUGCUGCCCGAGGGAACGCCGGGACGCGAGCAGAACUUUAAUCAGAAAUCGAAUAAUCUGCAAGCGUUCAGCGAUCGCGCAUCGAAGACAUCGCGCAUGGUGGCUGCCGGUGGCGCCUGUGGCAACAAGAAGAUUGCCGAAAUCCUGCUCUCAUCGGCUGCCCAGGUGGAUUCGCUGACGCCGCAACUGAUCAAUGCGGGACGCAUCCGCAUGAAUUAUCCCGCCAGCAAGGCGGCCGACGAGCAUCUGCAGAACCUGAAGCAACAGUAUGCCGACACGGUGUUGCGCAUGCGUACGCUCUGCGAUCAGGCCACCGAUCCGGCGGACUUUAUCAAGACCUCCGAGGAGCAUAUGCAGGUGUAUGCCAAGCUCUGCGAGGAUGCCAUCCACGGGCGUCAGCCACAGAAGAUGGUGGACAACACCUCGAAUAUUGCCCGUUUGAUCAAUCGGGUGUUGCUCGUCGCCAAGCAGGAGGCGGACAAUUCGGAGGAUCCGGUGUUCACCGAACGUCUUAAUGCCGCCGCCAAUAACCUGGAGAGAUCGUUGCCCGCCAUGGUUGGCGAUGCCAAGUUGGUGGCCACCAACAUUGCCGAUCCGGCGGCAGCGGCGGCCUGGAAGAAGUCAUUCCAGCGUCUGCUGGGCGAUGUGCGCGAAGUGCGCGAUGCCAUUGCGCCGCCACAGCCGCCACCAUUGCCCACCUCGCUGCCACCGCCGAUCCCUGAGCUCAGCGCUCUCCAUCUGUCCAAUCAGAAUGCUGAACGUGCGCCACCACGUCCACCACUGCCACGCGAGGGUCUUGCCCCGGUGCGUCCUCCGCCACCGGAGACGGACGACGAGGAUGAGGGCGUGUUCCGCACUAUGCCGCAUGCCAACCAACCGAUUCUGAUAGCGGCACGUGGACUGCAUCAGGAGGUGCGUCAGUGGUCGUCCAAGGACAACGAGAUCAUUGCGGCGGCCAAACGCAUGGCCAUCCUAAUGGCCCGGCUCAGUGAGCUGGUGCUCUCGGAGUCGCGGGGCAGCAAACGCGAGCUGAUUGCGACGGCCAAGAAGAUCGCCGAGGCAUCGGAGGAUGUGACGCGACUGGCCAAGGAGCUGGCACGUCAGUGCACGGAUCGACGCAUCCGCACGAAUCUGUUGCAGGUGUGCGAACGCAUUCCCACCAUUGGCACACAGCUCAAGAUUCUGUCGACGGUGAAGGCAACGAUGCUGGGCGCCCAGGGAUCCGAUGAGGAUCGCGAGGCCACAGAGAUGUUGGUGGGCAAUGCCCAGAAUCUGAUGCAGAGCGUGAAGGAGACGGUGCGCGCUGCGGAGGGAGCUAGCAUCAAGAUUCGCUCGGAUCAGACCAGCAAUCGACUGCAAUGGGUGCGUCGCCAGCCCUGGUAUCAGUACUAAAAUCCAGCAUCAGGGAUCUUUUCUAGCCAGCUGCCAAAGCUAAAGCCACUUUCCCCCCUCACUUUCCCUCUCCCACUCGUUCGUUCGUUCGUGCCUUUCGUGUAACAUAAACUAAUCUUAAACUCGAAGAAAAACGUGAAUUUCAAAACUAUUUUUAAUCGCUUGCGAAACAACAAAAUGCUCCCGGAGCUGUUGCAUCGAUGUUUUUCCCGCUGUGCUGUGCACUCUGAAUAUAUGUUGAGUACUUUAAAAUACUUACGCCACAGUGUCUUGUGUGCAUAACACUUUGAAUAACUUUUGCAGACUCUGAACUCCCUUUUCGUUAUUAUUCAUAUGUACUAAAUAUGUCUUCUUUUUUUUGUAAUUCUAUAUUUAUAUUUAUAAAGUUAAUGUUUAAGCGUGCAAUAAAUAAAUGUACAUACAGAAACACA